AUGGAGGAAUACACCCUCUCAUCCCUGCCCAAGAUUGAUAUGAAUGACUUUAUAAUGAAGUCUUCCAUGGUCUUUUCUCAUCGUUAUAACAAGAAGAACAAGAAGAAAAAGAAGAAGAACAAGACCAACAAGAAGAACAAGCAGAAAAAGAACAACAAUAAUAAUAAUAAUAAGAAGAAGAACAAGGAGAAGAAGAAAAAGAAGGACAAGAACAACAAGAAUAGGAACAAUAAUAAUAAGAAGAACAAGAACAAUAACAAAAAGAACAAGAAAAAGGCAAAGAACAAUACAAAGAACAAGAAGAAGGAGAAGAAAAAAAGGAAGAAACAAGACAAACAAGAAAAAGAACAAGAAGAAGAACAAGUAAAAGUACAAGAACAAAAGGAAGAAAAUAAUAAGAAGAAGAUGAACAAGAACAAGAAGAAGAAAAACAAAAAGAAGAAAAAGAACAAGAAGAACAAGAAAGAACAAAAAGAACAAGAACAGAAAGAAGAAGAAGAACCAGAAGACGAAGAAAAAGAAGAACAAGAACAAGAAUAACAAGAAGAAGACCAAGAACAAGACGAAGAACAACAAUAG